UCACUCACAUACAGUAGGCUACCCCGCUCAGGUUGUGACAGCGGUGUCCAUCAGGCAGAGAUGCCAGCUGAGGGAUUCGUGAUUGUAGCUGUGAUUUGCGCUCUGAUGGCGCAAAACUGCCGUGGGGAACUUGUGGCUCACGUGCAGGACCUUUCCGUGCCCGAAUCCUCCCUGCUUAAACCCAAAGUCAUGAUCGCGAUUUUGGCUCGGAACUCGGCGCACAGCCUGCCGUACUACUUGGGCUGCAUCGACCGCCUGGACUACCCGAAGGACCGGAUUGCGAUAUGGGCUGCAACGGACCAUAAUGUGGACAACACCACAGCCAUCCUGAGAGAAUGGCUGAAGAACAGGCAGAGCAGAUAUCAUUACGUGGAGUGGAGACCCAUGGAUGAGCCACGGUCAUACACGGAUGAGUGGGGGCCGAAACACUGGGCUCCGUCUCGUUUCAAUCAUCUAAUGAAGCUCAGGCAGGCGGCACUGAAGACUGCACGUGAACGAUGGGCUGAUUAUAUCCUGUUUGUUGACAGUGAUAACCUCCUGACCAACCCACGGGUGCUGGAUCUCAUGAUGGCAGAGAAUUUCACACUGGUGGCGCCUAUGCUGGAUUCCCGGUCCCUCUACUCAAACUUCUGGUGUGGCAUCACACCUCAGGGUUAUUACAAGCGCACCCCAGACUACCAGCCUAUCCGUGAGUGGAAGCGUUUGGGCUGUUUCUCAGUUCCCAUGGUGCACUCCACCUUCCUGAUGGAUCUGAGACGUAGCGCCACGCUGGACAUGGCCUUCUACCCACCUCACCCAGACUACAGCUGGGCGUUUGAUGACAUCAUGGUCUUUGCAUUCUCCGCGCGACAAACUGGUGUACAGAUGUACGUGUGUAACAGAGAACAUUACGGUUUUCUGCCUGUACCUCUGAAGGCCCAGCAAAGUGUUGAAGAUGAGAAGGAGAGUUUCAUACACACCAUCACUGAGGCCAUGAUCGAUCAUAACAUAAAACCCUCCGAGUUCCUCUUCACUCCACCCAAACCCCAGGACAAGAUGGGCUUUGAUGAGAUCUUUCUGAUUAAUCUGAAGCGGAGGUUGGACCGGAGGGAACGGAUGUUGAACACAAUGGCGGUGCUGGGUAUUGAGGCUACGCUGGUUGAUGCUGUAGAUGGGAAGUCACUGAAUACAUCUCAGCUUCAGGCUCUAGGUAUAGAGAUGAUCCCGGAAUAUAAAGAUCCGUACUCCGGUAGGGUUCUGACACGCGGAGAGAUUGGCUGCUUCCUCAGCCACCACUUCACCUGGAUACAGGUGGUGGAGAGGGGUCUGCGACAUGUGCUGGUGUUGGAGGAUGACGUGAGGUUUGAGCCUCGGUUUAAGAGGAGGUUACAGACCAUCAUGGAGGAUGUUGAAAAAGCUCAGCUGAACUGGGACCUCAUAUAUGUGGGCCGUAAGCGGAUGCAAGUAGCUCAGCCGGAGGUGUCUGUAGAGGGUGUGAAUAACUUGGUGAAGGCCGAUUACUCAUACUGGACUCUAGGUUACGCUCUUUCACAGCAGGGGGCCAAGAAACUCCUCGCUGCUCAGCCACUUGGCAAGAUGCUCCCUGUAGACGAGUUCCUGCCAGUCAUGUUCAACAAACACCCUAAUGAGGCAUACAUGUCUCACUUUGAUCCCAGGGAUCUUCGUGCUUUCUCUGUUGAGCCAUUGCUGUUGUACCCAACACACUAUACGGGCGAGCCGGGUUACUUCAGCGACACUGAGACGUCCACUAUUUGGGAUGACGAGGCUGUCAACACAGACUGGGACAGACAGUAUGCCCAAAAAACUGCCCAGCAGGCACAAAUUCGCUCCGUCGCCCAGAACAGUGUCACCGGGGACACACCACCGCCUGCGUCCCGAGCCUCGCGAGACGAACUCUGAGUUCUCUGUGUUCUCGAACUACACAACUGAAUGACAAAACACACUGACUCAUUGACAGCUCACUCCUCAAUUUCCAGCAGUCCCCUCCUCCUUGGCGACACAUCAGCCAAUAGCAUGACAGCUGGCUGGGAUGCUCGAACACCAUUGGCUGGCUGGUUGAUUUUGCUCAUAGACACACAAGCUCUUUUUGUUUCCACUUUAUUUAUUUCAUCAUGCCUUCCAGAGACAUUGAAGGACCAAACUGUCCCUGAUGGACACUUCAAAGUGUUUGAAGGACGAGGACACUGCGGAAGGACUGGACAGAGAAACACAGACAUAUGAUAGUUAGAUUUGGUUUUGCAAUCAAUGAACAGGACAGAUGAAUCUUUAUUUUAAAGUUUUCUUUUUAUAUUGUAAUAUAAAAACAGAUACAGUUUAUGCGCAGUGUUUAAUAAAAGAAUCGUAUCGCUGUC